UGAGCCAAAGUCGGACGCCCACCCGACUGAGCCACCCAGGCGCCCCAAGGAGACUUUAUAUCUUUUAGCUCAUUUAUCCUCAGGGCGAUUCCAUGGACGUUCUCUUCAGCCUCCUUUACAGAUGAGGGGACAAAAGUGAGGUGACAUGUCGAGUCCCAGAGCAGUAAGAGAAUUUAACCAGACAGGCAGACUCUCAGUCAUCCUGUGGGGAGGAAAUGGGGGCGGGGGCUUCGCGCUCCAGGGCAGCAGGAUCCCUGGGAGUACCCCCACCCUGGGCUCUCAAGCACCUCAGCUCACCUAGUCUCCCCCAGGCCUUUCUCAGUUUUAACCGGACUUGGGGGGAGUUGGGGGGGGGGUGGCACCCUCUCCAGCUCAGCGGUGAAGACUGCCAGGCCUGUGGACCUCUGGCUCCUUCCCGCUCCCCUCUGAAAUUCAGACCCCGCUCCCCCAAAAGGUGGGGGUCAGAAAGAGCACGGGUGCAGGUGGCUGGGAGGGCUGCUGGCCCCAGGCCACUGCGGGAAGAACGUCAGCGGGUCUUGCGUCUGUCGUUGCCCGGGGGCCCCUUCCCUCUGCAGGUCCAGGGCGGCGUGUGGCUGUUCGGCCCUGGUCUCUGCGAUGCGCUCAUGGCGAUGGACGUCAUGCUGUGCACCGCCUCCAUCUUCAACCUGUGCGCCAUCAGCGUGGACAGGUUCGUGGCCGUGACCGUGCCGCUGAGCUACAACCGCCAGGGCGCCGGCGGGCGUCAGCUGCUGCUCAUCGGCGCCACGUGGCUGCUGUCCGCGGCGGUGGCGGCGCCCGUGCUGUGCGGCCUCAACAACCCGCGCGGCCGCGACCCCGCCGUGUGCCGCCUGGAGAACCGCGACUACGUGGUCUACUCCUCCGUGUGCUCGUUCUUCCUGCCCUGCCCGCUCAUGCUGCUGCUCUACUGGGCCACGUUCCGGGGCCUGCGGCGCUGGGAGGCAGCUCGCCAGGCCAAGCUGCACUGCCGGGCGCCACGUCGGCCCAGCGGCCCCGGCCCCCCGCCCCCCGAGGUCGGCGAGAUCCCCGAGGCCGGCAGGCCACAGGACGCCGUCCCAGCCGAGCCCCCGCUGCAGGCGCCCAGGAGGAGGCGCGCCAAGAUCACCGGCAGGGAGCGCAAGGCCAUGAGGGUCCUGCCGGUGGUGGUCGGGGCCUUCCUGGUGUGCUGGACUCCCUUCUUUGUGGUGCACAUCACCCGGGCACUGUGUCCUACCUGCGCGGUGCCCCCGAGGCUGGUCAGCGCGGUCACCUGGCUGGGCUACGUCAACAGCGCCCUCAACCCUGUCAUCUACACCAUCUUCAACGCGGAGUUCCGCACCGUCUUCCGCAAGGCCCUGCGCCUCUGCUGCUGAGAACGCCUGCCGAGCUCCCACAGCGUCCUCUGCGAGGACCUGAUCGGAGGAGGACCCGGCCGUGCCUCCGGGGGCAGGACCCCAGCAAGGGAGGGGGCGGUUUUGUACGACUAAGAUUAAACAA